ACCUGCAUCAGCAAAAGCCGAAGAAAAUCAAGAGCAGACCUCCUCCUUGCAAAUUCCUCCUCCUCCUCCUCCUCCUCCUUCCAUAGAAGGGAACUGCCAGAAGGGUGCCGGCCUUCUUUCCGCGGAGAUGUGCCUGGUGUUCGUGUGCGACGAGGACGAGCAGGUGGUGGCACGGCAGGCGGCGCCGGGGGCGUGCCCGUACUGCGGCGGGGCAAUCCAGGCGAUGGACGUGGAGAGCCAGUGGCGGUUCUGCUUCCUCCCGCUCUACUUCCGCACCAAGCGCAAGUUCUACUGCUCCCUCUGCGCCCGCCGCCUCGUCGUCCAGUCCUAGCCCUUCCGCCAUCGGUUCUUCCCCACUCCGACGACCGCGUUUUUUCGGGGUUUCGACCUUGUUAGUCGCUGGUGAUCGUGUGCAGAAUUUCUUUAGGGUUCUUGAAGUUAAGAGAUGAGGUAUGUGGAUGUAUAUGGAUGGCUUCGUUAGGGUUUCUGAAAAGAAAACCCUAACGGGGAAAAGGGUGCCUGUAAAACGCGUUAUACAGUGAAUCGAUCGGAUGGGUUGAACUUUUAA